GGAUGGAAGAAGAAGCGGAAGAUGGAGUCGCUGUGGUGGGGAUUGGCUGCAACUUUCCUGGAGGAGAGGGGCUUGAUAAUUUCUGGAAGGUUCUGGUGGAGGGGAGGAACUGUUCUGUUUCGAUCCCCAGAGAGAGGUUUGACAUGGCGAGCUGGUAUGACCCGGAUGACACCAAACUGGGUAAAUCACGCACAGCCAAGGCCGCCCUUAUCGAUGGGUUUAACCAAUUUGACCACAAGUUUUUUGGCAUCAGCGACAGCGAGGCGGAACAAAUGGAUCCUCAACAGAAACAGCUCCUGCAGUGCGUCUACAGAGCUUUGGAGAACGCUGGCAUCCCCAUGGAGAGGGCCAGCGGCACCAGGACAGGAGUGUUUUUUGGCUUAAUGAACAGAGACUACGAGACCAAUGCUGCACACGUGCACCCGACCGUGAUCAGCCACUGGACCGGAACCGGGCUCGCCAUGAGCAUCGCGGCAAACAGAGUCUCUUACAUCUUCAACUUCACCGGACCAUCCCUCUCCUUGGACUGCGCCUGCUCCUCCUCGCUUGUUGCUCUUCAUCUCGCCUGCCAGUCCAUCAAACAAGGGGAUUGCGAAAUGGCUGUUUGUGGAGGCGUUAACUGCAUCAUUGAGCCAAGGGUGUUUGUGGCCCUCAGCAAGGCCAAGAUGAUUUCACCUGAAGGGACGAGCAAGCCUUUCUCCAGCAGGGCGGAUGGUUACGGGAGAGGGGAGGGCUGCGGCGUGGUUCUCUUGAAGCCACUGAAAAAGGCUCUUCAAGACCAUGACCACAUCUGGGGGAUCAUCAGCAAAACCGCCGUCAACCAAGAUGGACAUUCGGUCACUCCCAUUACAAAACCCUCCAUGACACAACAAGAGGACCUGCUGCGCAGAAUCUACUCAGACGCUGAAAUUGCAAAUGUUCGGUACAUUGAGGCCCAUGGGACUGGGACCCCAGUGGGAGACCCGACAGAAGCAGGAAGCAUCUCAAACGUCAUUGCCAAAGCCAGACCUUGCGGGUCAGGGACCCUGCGGAUUGGCUCGGUGAAGGGCAACAUUGGACACACGGAGUCGGCGGCUGGGGUGGCCGGACUGAUUAAAGUUCUGCUGAUGAUGAAGCAUGAAACCAUCGUCCCCUCGGUUUUCUACUCUGAUGAAGCCUCCAGUAUCGACGCCAAAACCCUGAACAUUAAAAUUCCUAAGAACACUGAGAGGUGGGAAUCCACCUCUGCAAGAGUUGCAGGGGUGAACAACUUUGGUUUUGGGGGAACAAACGCACAUGCCAUAGUCAAACAGCACGCACAGACACAUCUAAAGAAACAGAGCAGUGAGAAGAUGGUGAAAUAUUUCGUCCUCUCAGCAAACUCACAGAAAUCUCUGACUAUGACAAUGGAGGACACCAUAAAGCAGCUGGAGGCAGACACCACUGUAGAGCUUGAUUCUGUUUUGUACACAUCAGCCUGUAGAAGAAGUCACCAAAAGCACAAAUACAGAAAAGCCAUCGUGGUUUCAUCUGUAGGGGAUCUUAAGGAGAAACUGAUGGCUGCUGUUGGCAAAGACGUCAGCUCGGCCCUCUCGGAUCCAAGUCUGGUGUUUGUCUUCUGUGGAAAUGGCGUCACUUACCACGGCAUGUGCAAACAACUGCUAAAAAACCAACCCGUGUUCAGAGAAACGAUCAAAGAAAUCUCACAAAUGUUCCAAAAGUUGAGCUCCCUGAACAUCCUAAGCACACUUGAGAGCGAGUUCGAAAGCAGUGACUUCAACAACCCAGACGUCGUCCAGCCGCUCCUCUUUGCCAUCCAGGUUGGAAUCGUCACCCUUCUCGGCCACUGGGGCGUCACGCCGGAUGCUGUGCUUGGACACUCUGUCGGCGAGGUCGCUGCCGCUCACUGCUCCGGCCUACUGUCUCUGGAAGACGCCGUGAAAGUCAUAUUCUUCCGCAGCAGCCUUCAAACAAAAGCUGGUGGUGGUAAAAUGCUUGUGGUCAGCAACAUGGCAGUGUCAGAGGUGGCUUCACUCCUCCCUAAAUACUCUGGAAGUCUUAGCCUUGCAGCCUUCAACAGCCCGCAGUCCUGCACCGUCUCAGGGGAGGCAGAUGCAAUUGAGAGCCUCCUAAAGGAGCUGAACAACUCAAAAAUCAGCCAAGAUCUCUUCCUCCGUGUGCUGGACGUCCCUGCUGCUUACCACAGCCACAUGAUGGACCCGAUUCUGCAGGAACUCGAGGACACAAUUGGCACCUUGCAGAAGAACGAGCUUGACACCGAGUUGUUCUCAACGGUUACAGGAAGAGAAGCCAAGGUCAGAGAUUUCUGCACGGGUGAAUACUGGGCAAGGAACGUCCGUGAGCCCGUUGCUUUUGAGCAAGCUUUGAGGUCAGCGGCUAAAGGGAAGAAAGGCAUAGUCUUUGUAGAGAUAGGGCCAAGAAGAGCGCUGCAGAGAAACAUUAUGGAAACUCUUGGAAGCAACACCGCAGUUCUUGCCUCAGUAGAACCCAAAAAAGAUCACGAGUCAGUCAUCUCACUUGUUUCCAAGUUGUUCGAACUGGGCAUUCAGGUGAACUGGACCACCUUCUACAAAGGCUGUGAAACCACGCCUCUGUUUUUCCCAAAGUACCAGUUUGACUCCUCGGACAGGGACGUGAUCAUUGGAGCCGCCCAGAACAACAAAGCAAGCUCUCAUCCUGUACUCAGUCAGACUGGAAGUGAACGCAACGUCUUCAGCUGUAACUUAACAUCUGACUCAACCUUCUACUUGAAGGAGCACAAGCACAACAACGUACCCAUCAUCCCCGGCGCCUUCUACGCAGAGCUAGGUCUGGCCGCAUUCCUUACCAGCACCAAACCAAGGGUGCCCCUGAACUCGCUGCAGCUCAGCGUCAAGUUUCAAAACCCGUUCAUUUUAACACAGAACUCUGCAAAGAUGAAGGUCCAGUUGGAGCAAAAAGACAAAGAAAGUAGCUUCAAGGUGUUUUCCUCCUCUGCGGUGUACGCUUCAGGCACAGUGGUUUCUAAGACAGAGAGGCUGAUUGAGGAGCAAAGCAUUUCAUUAAGCUCCAUCUCCAAACGAUGCACAUCCGUCGUGAGUUUCCAGGAGUUUUAUGGAUAUCUCUCUCAAGGCGGCUUCCAGUACGGAGAUGUCUUCCAGAAUAAAGCAAAUGUGCACUAUGGGGAGGAUCUCAAGGAGGCUUUUGCAGCGCUUUCAGUUCCAGAAGAGCUCCGACCGCAUUUGCACGACUACUGUAUUCACCCUGUCGUGUUGGACUACUUAAUGCAGCUUCUCCCUGUCACGGUGGAGCAUAUAUUUGCAGGAAGGCCUGGGUUUCCUGCCAAAAUAGGAAGCCUUACUGUGUGUGAACCCUUGCAGAAUGAGAUGAUUAUCUACCUGAGAGCAACUGAUGUGGGUUUAGAUCACGUUGAGGUUUGCGGCUGCUUUGCAGACAAGGAAGGCAGAGUGUUGGCAGAGGUGAAGCACGUGAUAAUCCAGUACCUCGGCAGUCGGGGUCAUGUGGUCGAAGAGUACUUCUACCACAAUGAUUUCAGUGUUGUCCCUGAAAGUGUCACUUUUUGCAACCCACCAAAGGCUUUGGUCUUCUUUGAUCGUCUAAGGAUCUCAAAAGAGUUAGAACAGCAUUUGGAUCCAAAAUCUAGAUAUGUUUCCAUCACACAUGCAAAGGAUAUGUUGAGCAAAGGAUUUUGUUCUCUUCUUUCAAACCUCCAUAUUCAAGAUAUUAAGGAAGACUUUGAUGAGGUAAUAUUUUUGUGGGGCAAAAAUCUCACGUCAAAAUCGCCGGACGUCGUCUUGCAAAAUCUUGCAAGUUGCUGCGAGAUUUUACGCCAAAUUGUCCUGGAGCUGAAGGGGAUUCAGUUCCCCAAAGCCAUCAGAGCAGUGACCUAUCGCUCAUCGGACAUCACUGUGGAUCACAUAAGUCCAGGAUUUGCUGUUGCUGGUAUGGUGAGGUCUUUUGCAGCAGAGAUCCCUGAUCUUUCUUUUCAACUGAUUGACUUGGGCUCCAUCUCUGCCGAGGACAUUAAAGCUCUUUCUGAAGUCCUAAGAUCGCACCCGUGUGAAAAGUACCCAGAGCUGGUCGUAAAAGACGGGCGGAUCUUAAAACCUUCAAUUGUCCGUACCCCACUGGAAGUCACUGACCAUGCAAAGGGUAUUGACCCCUCCACAGCCACUAAGCUUUUCGCCUUUCAGACAGCUGAUGCACACAUGGUGACUCAACUGAGUGCAGUUCCUCACCACGAGGAGUCGGAUCCAAUCAAUGACACAUCGGUUGAAAUUCAACCCAGCAGGAUAUGUGUUCAUUCUUCUGAUUACUUCCCAGUCAGCGCCUCCCAUCUCAGUUUUGGGCAGACGCUCUACUGGAGCAAGCACUCAUCUCAGAGCCAAAGGCUAAUUGCGCUUGACUUUAGCGGUACUGUUACUGCAGUCGGAAAAGAUGUCAGGAGACUCAAAGCCGGGGACCACGUUGCUUGUUGUUAUCCAGUUACGGCUGCUAGUAAGAUUCAAGUGCCGGAGGACGUGUGUUAUAGCCUCAAAAGGCUCCCGUUCCUUCAAGAAACACCUUGUGUCUCCUACUUUGUGCUAUCUUGGGAGAUGCUUCAUCGAGUCUUGCCUAAACCCAAACAGAAUCUGGGGAUCAUUUGCCCAGCCAUCGAUUCAGCUCUUGUGAAAGUCUUGGAACUUACUGCAAACAAUUGUGGUUGGAGCGUGAUUUUAAGCACACAGUGCAACGGAUCUUUUGUAGACGUCAAUCGACUGGAGACAUUCGUCAUCCUGCCACCGUUUGAUGAGUCUUUCACUGUGAAGACGUGCACUUUCCCAGGUGUGAGACAUGUUGUGGUACUCUGUGAAUCUCCAAAGCAAACGUUGCUUGUGCAGGAGCUGUGCCAAAACAUAAAUGAGAGUGUUCACAUGCAAGCAGUUCAUAUGCAAGCUGUUUUGCAGAGAGGUUACCUUAGAGCGCACAGACUUCGCAUUUAUAACUGGCUGAAGUCGCUGAAUCUAAGCAGGAAGUUUGCGAUUGAAAACUUCAACUUUCAAAGUGUGAAACCUGAAAGCACAGGUGUAGAACCAGAGAUACUACCUUCAUACUUCAACUCGAAGAAACUGGCUGUGAUUGAUUUGGAAAAAGGCGGCAAGACUGGAUUGUCUGAGAUUCAGCAGCUGCCAGCCAAAAAGCAGCUGUUCAGAAAGAGAGCGGUGUACAUCGUGACCGGUGGUCUCUCUGGGCUGGGCUUUGAAACGGUCAGGUUCAUCUCACAAAGGGGAGGGGGGUACAUCGUGAUUUUCUCCAGGAGCAAGCCCUCGGCCGACGUGCGGCAAGAAAUACUCAACAUUCAGCGACAGUGUGGAAACAGCAUCACCAGCAUGGAGUGUGACGUUUCUGUUUCAGAGCAUGUGCACAAGGCCGUUUCUGAAAUUGGCCAGAAGUUCAGUGGCUGUCCGAUCAGAGGGGUGUUUCACAGCGCGGUUGUCCUGCACGACGGUCUGAUCGAGACCCUUAAUAGAUCCCUUUAUGAGAAGGUUUUCAAACCUAAAGUAAACGGUGUCCUAAAUCUGCACCAUGCAACAAAGCACUGCCCUCUGGACUACUUUGUGUGCUUCUCCUCCAUUUCAGCCUUCCUGGGAAAUGCAUCCCAAACAAACUACUCAGCAGCCAAUUCCUUUCUCGACCUGUUCUGCCAGUACCGGCGCAAACGGGGGCUGCCCGGACAGUCCAUCAACUGGGGGGCUCUGAACCUCGGCCUGCUGCUGAACAAGGAGCACUUCCAUCGCUUUCUGGAGGCAAAGGGGAUUAUGGUGUUGGACAUUGCAGAAAUCCAUAAAAGCCUGGAGCAAUGCCUCGUCCUGAAUCGACCCCAGCAAGCCGUUUGCAGGUUUCACUUCAGGAACAUCAGAUACAACAUCCUCUCCCAAAAUAAAGCCUUGACCUUACGCCUGUCUGCGUUAGUCAAUGAGGCCUUACAGAAAUUCAAAGAGGAAGAGUCCAAGACUGGACAAACUGACUCUGUGUCACCAAAGGAAUACGUCUUCUCUCUGCUCGGCAAGACCAUCAGCGUGGAUCAGAGCGAGCUGAAGGACGACUCUCCUCUUUCCUCCUUGGGCAUUGACUCCAUGCAGGCCAUGACCCUGCAGAACAUGAUGUUUCAGGAGAGAGGCGUAAACGUGCCUCUGGUGAAACUGCUGGAUCCCAACGCCACAAUAUCAGCAGUGGUGACCAUACUGAGUGAAGCCGAGGGUACGCAUGUCCAUGAGAAGCCUCCAGUGGAUGAAGACGCGAGUGACUCUAAUGUUUUAACAAGAUUAUAAAAAUUAAAAAACAAAUCAAUCAGAUGGAUACUUAAUUACUUUUGA